CUUUGGACGUGUUAGAGAGUGCACCUUUCACUUGAGCUUCAACAUGGGAAAGGGAAAUGAAGACCCCGAUCUCCACUGCUCCUCCAUCCAAUGCUCCACUGACCAGCCACCUUUCCAACAGAUCUCCUUUACAGAAAAGGGCUCAGAUGAGAAGAAACCAUUCAAAGGAAAAGGCAAGACCGCCUUCUCCCAUUCCAGUGAGAAGCACAUGCAAAGGCAAGCAGGAUCGGAGCCCAAUCCAAACCAGGAGAAUUCUGAGGAAAUCAAGCUCAAAGCCGGGAACAGCGCUGCUGGAUCAGGGAACAUUCCAGAAGAGGAGUGCAGCUUGAUGUUGAAAAAGAAAUCAAGAUCCUCCACUGCUGUGCACAACAGUGAAAUCCAGGAGACCUGUGAUGCCCACCAUAGGGGACGUUCCAGGGCUCGCACUCGACACAGCAAGCGGCACAGGUCUCGGCCCCUAGGAGUCCAAACACCGUCACUUCGAAAAAGCUUGGUGACCUCGGUGCGAGCUAUGUCAGGGGCUGUUUAUCAAGACCUAGCCCAGGUGUGGGCACAGAAGAUCCAUUCUCCACUGACCUGUGAGCAGCUGACACUGCUCACUCAGCUCCGGGGGCCUCUGUGUGCCCAGGUGCAGACCUUGUAUUCCAUGGCCACCCAGGCAGCUUAUGUCUUCCCUGCAGAGGGCUGGCUUGUCCCAGCCACACUGCCUGGUCCUGGGGAUUCAGCCCUGGAGAGAGAAGCCCAGCCCUUCCCUGGGCAGGAGAUAACUGAGCCUGUCAGUGGAUCAGAUGAGGCUAAACUGGGAGCACCUUGACCCUAUUCAGCAGAGAUGCAGCUCUGGGAAUGAGAACAAGGACCUGCUUCUUCUCAGAUUCUUCCAGAUGACCAGCAGUGACAAUUUUAGACACACUGUGUUAAUAAAUGACAGAACCUGAAGAAGUCAUAGGAAAGAAACUUGAGUAGUAUACUCAGAAUGGUGAGCCCUGCAUUUUGCAGACCGCUAAGGCUAUAGACAAAUUUUAUAUUUCAUGUUAGACAUUUGAUGCCUUUUGGAUGUCUGAUGACAGUCGUGAAUUUCUAUAUAAUCAGAAAAAUAUUAGAAUGUAAUUGUGAAUUUGCAUAUUUUAGAUUGUAGAAAAGUAAAUAUAAAAUUAUAUGUUCCUUUUUUUUUUUUUUUUGAGACAGUCUUGCUAUGUUACCCAGGCUGGAGUGCAGUGGCAAAAUCUUAGCUCGCUGCAGCCUCUGCUUCCCGGGUUCAAACAAUUCUCAUGCCUCAGCCUCCCAAGUUCCCGGGACUACAGGAAUGUACUGCCACACCUGGCUAUUUUUUUUUUUCUUGUAUUGUUAGUAGAGACAGAGUUUUGUCACUUUGGCCAGGUUGGCUUCGAACUCAGGUGAUCUGCCAGCCUCCGCCUCCCAACGUGCUGGGAUUACAGGCAUGAGACCCUUACCAAGAAAUUGCUUCUCUGUUAAUCCGGAAAAUGUUGUAGGCUCUCACUCUUCCAGCCUGAACCCAUGGAGUACUAAUAUCCA